CGAAGACGGACGGACACUCGUGGUGUUAGGCCCUACGUGUCACCACCCCUCACCACGCCGUCUUGCGUUGUUCGUGACCCAGCAAGUCUUCUUCUGCUUGCGUGUUUUGUUGGUUGUUUGUCUGUUUGUUCUUUGUUGUUGGCGGGUUGGCUUGGAUACAUGCGUGUGCGUGUGAGCGCGUGUGAGAUGUAGACGUUUGGACUUCCUGACCUCGUUCCUUCGUUCUCUGGGUUGUCGUGGGUGAAGCACCAGUGCCUAUUCUUCCUUCUGGGUGUUGACAGCCUUGAUAGUCUCACCGCGCGAACUGGCCCUCCUCGCUCUCCUCUGUGGCUUGCGCCACCACUACGCCGUCGUUUCUUCGUUUGUACACAUAGGUCAACAGCUCAGGAAGCAGGAAGCUCUACCGUAUUCUCUGUUGCGCUCUCCCACCCCACCCCCAUUCCUGUGGUUUCUGGCCGGUGGAGUACAAGCAGGCUCAGUAUCACGUGAGUGGAUUCUUCCUUGUGCGUGCGUGCGUGCGUGCGUGCGUGCUGUUUGGCUUGCGUAAGGAUACAGUCUCACAUGAACAUCUCGGUCUACCAACCUGUUUGUUGUUGUUGUUGUUGAGGUUGCUUCGAGCACGUGGCGAGAGUCGACACGCCUUUCUUACUUUUCUGGCCAAACCUACUCACAACGCCAAUCAAUCGUUAUCGGGCAGUCUUGCGGGUUUCACAUUCAUCACAGAACCGUGCAGGUCGCGCACCUGCAAAACAAAGCACGCCGCAACCUCGUGACAAGUGCUGGUCCUUCGGCAAGCACCCGAGUUCAAGGUGUUGUUUAUUGCGACCACGCAAGCUAGUGAGCGGGUUGCUUCUGCAUCGCAACCAUUUCUCUUGGUGAUCGAGUAAGUGCAUCAUCGCACACAACGCAACUCCCACCAUGGACCCUCCUCCUCGCCAGCCAGUGGUGGCACCUCCCUCGCUUCCACAUUCCAGCAGCGAGCGAGAAGCGCACCUUGUUACAACACCAGCAGUGACAGCAGUGACAGCAACAACACACACGACAGCGACACCAACGCCGACGGCACAGCCCGUGUUGCCCUGGGACAAGGGUGGUGCGCCAGCCCUUCCAACGGUGCCACCCAAGCGGCGCCCCUCCACGUGCUCGUAUUCGUCCUCCGCGCGCUCAUCAGGCUCCCUCAUCCCGUCUUCGCUCGACUCCAAGCUGCCCAGCGCCGGCCACGCCAAGAACAAGAUGCAUCAAUUGCCCCCGGCCGCGAGCGGGUUCGGCGGGCCCGGGUUUCCCGCCAACCUCCGCCCACGCCGCCACAUCAUGCAUGAGUCAGCCUCCGUGGCAGCGAACAAAACGGCACCACGCACGCCAUCACCGCCGUCGCCCUCCCCGUCACCGUCCCCAUCGCCGGCACCAGAGACAGCGCGGCCUGCCACGCGGCCCGGGGUUCGACGGCGCACGCGGCCACCACUGCCUGCACGGCCGUCGUCAGCCAGGAGCACGUCUGCCCGCAGGGACAGGAUGAGCAGAUCAUCCCCCAGCCUCCGUGGCGGUAUUGGUGCUGAUGUGGACGACGACGACGACGACGACGGUGAUGAUGACGACGACGAUAGCGCUGGGGGCAGGGACGCGUUCCACCAUGUUCACGCGUACGGUACGCUGCGGCGCCGGCGGGCGAGCAGCAGCAGCCUGGGCAGCCUGUACAGCAAUGGCGUUGGCGAGUUUGAGAGCGACCGGCAGACGCUGCUGCAGAUCCUGGGCGAGCGAAGCGGCGUGCGGCGCCUGGUGCGGGUCAUGCACACCAACGAGUACGUGCACAGGCUGCAGCGGGACGUGUGCGAGGCGUUUGAGGAGGUUGCGUACUCCAGCCAGCAGAUGCGGCAGCGGCUGCUGCGGCACGGUGCGGUUGAGGCCGUGGUGGCCGCCAUGUGCAUCCACCACUCGGACGUGCGCCUGCAGUUGGCGGGGUGCAGUCUCAUCUUCUCCCUCGUCUCCUGGGACAAGUCGUGCAUCGACCACGUCAUCGUCUCUGGCGGCGCGCACGCCGUCCUGCACAUGUUGCAGAACCACGGCCUGAGGAACGUGCAGGUGUUUACCACCGCCUGUCCUUGCCUGGAGCUGCUCGCCUCAUGUGCACACGAUGCUCUGUUGCAAGCCCGCGCCGCGACCAGGCCAAGCACGCCCACCCUCGGCAACCGCCACCGCAGUAGCAGCGCCAGAGUCAGAAGCAGCAGUCGUCCCCACCAACGGCGGCCGCGCGCGAGCAGCGGUGUCAGCGGUGUCAGUCGCGGCGGUACGCGUGAUGCAGAUGGACGUGGCAGCCGUGUCAGCGAUGGUGGCGGUGACUGUGGCGAUACCGAGACGGACGGAUGGGGCCGGUUCUCCUGCAGCGCCGCACUGCUGGCAGAUGUUGCGGACGACAUUGACAGUGUUGGUGUUGGUGGUGGCGUUGAUGUUGGUACGCAUCAUGGCAGCCGCCUCCUCAGUCAGCCAGGGGUUGGUGUGGGUCGCGAAGGCAACGUCGAUGCCAAGAAUGAGGAGGGAGAGGAUGAGGAGGGGGAUGGGGAGGGUAAUGUUGUUGACACGGAUGACAUGUUGAUGUGGGUGGAGGCCGGGAUCAGGGCUACGGCAGCGUGCAUGCACGCUCACGAGACGUGCCGGCACGCGCAGGUGCUUGGGCUCAGUCUGCUGAGCAAGCUGGUCAUGUUUUGGCGGCUGUUCUUUCCUUGCAAUGACCCGCAGUACGACACCGAGGCCGACGCUGGUGCGCCGGUGCAGCAGGCAGAGCCUGGUUCUAGCAGGCACCGUCUCAGCAGCAGCAGCAGCAGCAGCAGCAGCAGCAGCAGCAGCAGCAGCAUCCCCGCGGACGCACGGCGGGACGACGACGGCGGUGACGAUUGUGACGACGGCGGUGACGAUGGUGACGACGACGACGAUGAUGAUGAUGAUGAUGAUGAUGAUGAUGGAGGCGCUGUUGGUGGCCGCGCACAGGACCGUGCUGCAGAUGUUGGUGCUGGCCCCAGUGGUCAUGCAGGACGCACGGCCGCUCGCCCAUCGCACGCGCCGGCACCAUCGAUGUCCUCACCAUCCCUGCUGCUGCACACUGCCACCAGCACCAGCGCCAACAGCACGGCGUUCAAGACGGGGCUAGUGCACCCGACGGGGCACUGGCUGCCGGCGGACGUGCGGGCAGCGGCGACGCGGGCUGUGCAGCAGUUUCCAACCGACCAGGCGCUGCUGGGCCUCUGCAACACCAUCCUCGAUGGUGAAGGCGUCUGACGACCCGCCGACAGCCGCAAGGGAGAGAUGGGAGAGAAAGGGAGGCAUACACCACCGUGGAGACUGUUGCAGACAGACGGGCAGGCAGUCGCAUACUCGUUCGCGGCCAGCCAGUGGCUCUGAGCUGUCAGGAAGGCAGGCCUGUCCCCCUCCGCCGCCUGCCCGUGCUGGUGUGCUGUAACCGCUCUUUUGGCUCUUUGGUUUGAAGCCAGGGAACCUGGUGGGUGCGUGCCACCACGUGCGCUCUAUGUUGGCUGAUGUUGAGUGUGGAGGGGUUUGCGUGGGUGAUGUUAGUGAUGAUGUUUACGCAGGCGGCUGGUGGCUGGUUUGUGGUUGUGUUUAGAUAGAGCUAGGUCGAGUGCAUCUUGCGCUUGAGUGUGGUGAUGGUGGGAAGUCCAUGUCCACGUGUGCUUGGUUGGCUUUGUCAAUUGACAUGUGUGCAUGUAUCUGAGCGCUGCUUGCGGAUGCUGCCGGGCUGCAAGUGCAAUGGCAUAAACGAAGAACUGCAAAAGGC